UUUCUCACCCUCAGUCUGUGCAUCCCAGCCUCCCUUCCUAGAUAUCCACCCCACACCUCUCCACCCGCAAACAGCUCCUACGGUGAGAAAAAGAGAACAGAAUAGUUUCAAACACGUCGGCAUAAAUCUCCCACCCAGGGCUCCCUUUUUUCUCCGUUUCCCCUCCUCCUGGCGGACUUCAUGACUUUACUCCUCUGCGCGCCGGUGCCCGAGACCACGCCGAAAAGAAGGAUUUCUCUCCUUUGAGCAUGAAAAGGAUUGCCAAAUCAUCCGCAAUCCAACACCGCCGCCCGAGCCACCAGCAUGAACACUGGAUACAUAUGCUCCAGCAGAAGUUGUUGGGUAGAGAACUAACACAUCUCGGACCACAAAUACAGCGAGGGGAGAGUCAGUUUUAGGUCUCCACAUAAUGGAGCAAGAAUGAACAGAGAGCGGCUUAAGAAAAAGCAUGAACUGGAGGUUUAUUGAGGUCAUCUGCUUCCUGUUUAUAUGGGACCAUAUAACAGUUCAGUCCUCCCGCCAGGACCCGCUGGCCACUGAGCAACAUGUCACCAAGCAAUAUGACUGGCUCAUCUCGGACCGCGGACCUUUCCACCACUCUCGGAGCUACCUGUCCUUUGUGGAAAGAUUCCGCCAAGGAUUUACGACCAGAUAUAAAAUUUAUAGGGAAUUUGCACGUUGGAAGGUGAGGAACACGGCGAUUGAGAGAAGGGACCUGAUCCGGAACCCCGUGCCACUCAUGCCCGAGUUCCAGCGCAGCAUGCGCUUGCUGGGCCGCAGACCCACGACUCAGCAGUUUAUCGACACCAUCAUUAAGAAAUAUGGAACGCACAUCCUCAUCUCGGCCACUCUGGGAGGAGAGGAGGCGCUGACGAUGUACCUGGCCAAAAACAAGCUGGACCGGAAGCUGGCCAACGCCACCCAGAACGUGGAGGCCCUCCAUCAGCUGGCCUCGUCGUACUUCAUCGACCGCGACGGCACCAUGAGGAAGCUGCAUGAGAUUCAGAUUUCGACCAACGCCAUCAAGGUGACGGAGACACGGACGGGACCGCUGGGAUGCAGCAGCUACGACAAUCUGGACUCGGUCAGCUCCAUCCUCCUGCAGAGCCCGGAGAGCAAGCUUCAUCUGCAAGGUCUUCAGGUCAUUUUCCCAGAAUAUCUGCAGGAGAAAUUCGUCCAGUCAGCUCUGAGCUACAUUAUGUGCAAUGGAGAGGGGGAGUACAUGUGCCGUAACAACCAGUGCAUCUGUCAGUGCGCCGAGGAGUAUCCCCAGUGCAAUUGUCCUAUCACCGACAUCCAGAUUAUGGAGAACACCCUGCUGGGAAUGUCUGAGACGUGGGCUGCCUCGUAUAAAGACUUCGAGAGCUCUGAUGAGUUCAAGUCCUUCCUGAAGAGGCUGCCCUCCACGCACUUCCUGCCCAUCAGCAGCGUGCACCUCCUGUGGGGCAGCGACUGGGACCUGCAGGCUCGCUACCGGCUCCUCCAGAGUUCCCUGGAGAUCCAGCGACUCAAGAUUCAGCGGACAGCCCGCAAGCUCUUUCACCUCAGCAUCCGCUGUCACCACAAUCCCAACCACCAGAUGCCUAGGGAGAGAUCUGUGAUGCAGUGGCUCAACAGGGUGCAGUCCUUCCUCUACUGCAACGAGAACGGCUUCUGGGGCACCUUCCUGGAGAGCCAGCGGACCUGCGUGUGCCACACGGGCGUCACGCUGUGCCAGCGGCCCGUCCCCUGCGUCAUAGGCGGCAACAGCAGCUGCGCCAUGUGCAGCCUGGCCAACAUCUCGCAAUGCGGCUCCUGCAACAAGGGCUACAAGCUGUACCGCGGCCGCUGCGAGCCGCAGAACGUGGACUCCGAGCGCAGCGAGCAGUUCAUCAGCUUCGAGACCGACCUCGACUUCCAGGACCUGGAGCUCAAAUACCUUUUGCAAAAGAUGGACUCGCGCCUGUACAUUCACACCACGUUCAUCAGCAACGAGAUCCGCCUGGAGACCUUCUUCGACCCCCGGUGGCGGAAGCGCAUGUCCCUGACUCUGAAGAGCAACAAAAACCGGAUGGACUACCUCCACAUGAUCAUCGGGCUGUCGAUGAAGAUCUGCCAGAUGCGGAACAGCAGCAUCGACCCCAUGUUCUUCGUCUACGUCAACCCGUUCAGCGGCAGCCACUCGGAGGGCUGGAGCAUGCCCUUCGGCGAGCACGGCUACCCGCGCUGGGAGAAGGUGCGGCUCCAGAACUCCCAGUGCUUCAACUGGACGCUGCUGCUGGGCAACCGCUGGAAGACCUUCUUCGAGACGGUGCACAUCUACCUGCGCAGCCGCGCCAAGAUCCCCACGGGCCUGCGCAACGACACGGGCCCGGUGGACCUGGCCGACCCCAACAAGCGGCAGAUCUACAUCAAAAUCUCCGACAUCCAGGUGUUCGGCUACAGCCUGCGCUUCAACGCCGACCUGCUCCGCAGCGCCGUGCAGCAGGUCAACCAGUCGUACACGCAGGGGACCCAGUUCUACUCGUCCUCGUCGGUCAUGCUCCUGCUGCUGGACAUCCGGGACCGGAUCAACCGCCUGGCGCCGCCGUCUGCGCCCGGCAAGCCGCAGCUGGACCUCUUCUCCUGUAUGCUGAAGCAUCGGCUCAAGCUCAACAACAGCGAGAUGAUCCGCGUUAAUCACGCCUUGGACAUGUACAGCACAGAGAUCCUAAAACAAUCGGACCACCUGACUGCGAAACUCUGUUGAAGCCAGUGACGCGAAGGAGCGCGGGGUCAGCGGACUGGACAGCCAGCAAAAUGAACCACCGUAUUAAUCUUUGUUUUCUCUUUUUCAGUUUUUGGACCUUUUCUGCCUUUUGAUGUAAUAUUAACUUUGUAAGCAUAAUUCUUAAGGUUGGAAAGAGGAAAAACGGCAAUGACGAAAGGCGUUUCAGGCAGAUAAAGAAGAUUUGACGGAACCACUUUGAAGACUGUAUCAUAUAUGUCCCAGCAUGUCUGUCAUUCCCUAAAAGAAUCUAAAAGAGAGGAAAACAAAACAAAAAAAAGAAACAUAAAUCUACGCACUGGUGAAAAGAGGCCUUGAUUUUACUCGAAGGGAUCAAAGGUUAUAUCUGAAACUGCCAUUCUUUACUGAAAAAAAAACAUUUUUAAAUGAAUAAUGACAUAACACAAGGGCAGAGCAGAUAUCCUUUUAUUUCAGCUAACGUGUAAAAUAUUUCAGACAAAAUGGACAGUUUAAUAUUAAAGAUGUUUAUACAUUGUAAGGAUUAAAUAGCCCUAGUGAGCAAGUACUCAACACAUUACUAAUAGACUCUUUAUUACAUUUCAACCCACAGCAACUCUGCAUUGCUCUUUGUAAGUUGGGGCACUCAUUGUUCUGGCACAUCUGGUAAGGCACACAGCAGGGCAGUAAUGUAAAGUCAUGUCACAUGACCAAAGCCAGCUGUUUAUAUAUACAUAUAUAUGUGGGUGAAUGUGUGUGUACGUGUGCGCGUGUACCUUUUUUCCUUUGGCUUGACGCUUAUUGCCGUUUGUCCACUGAAUGUGUCAUCGGAGGCCGAACCCCGGCCGACGCUAAACCUUCGCAUUUGGAGCGCUUCUUCUCCGUGUUUGAAAUUCAAGCUGUGUUUUCACAAAGGCAGUACCUCCUGGUGCGUGAGUGCAAUAUUGUGGUCUGAAGAUUUAACAAUCAAUGCUAUUUUGUACAGCUUAGCAAAAUGUACAUGUUGUAACUGCUGAUUCGUGGAGCUUUUCAGCACCAAGAGCAAAAUGUAAACAUUCAUCAUUCAGGCACAUUUGCGAGACAACUUAAAGCCAUACACUCCCCCUGAGGUAGACAUGAGCAUAAAACAUAAAGGUCGUCCCUGUUUUACUAAGUACUUCAUCAAAUGAAAAAGAAAUGUUCCAUUUGUAUGUUCCUCUUUUAUUAUUUCUGUUGAUUUUAGAUAAGAGCACAGCAAAAAAGGCCGAUGAUGAGACGAGGGAAACGCUGUCGGGUCCGAGUUGUGUUUUGAAGCCAUUGAAUUUCUAUGUUGUGCCACAGCGAACAAGUGGAAGAAGAAAUGAUUAUAUUAAAACUUUAAAUACGUUUCUGGCAGUGUUUAAUCUGUAAGCUUUUAUUGGUGACGUGUAAAAAAGAAAAA